AUGUCGCAGUCUCAGCUAGAUCCCCUACCGAGGGAUCUUCCCUUUCGUAUCAUCUCAAAAACCGUUGGCCGGGGUGCCUAUGCCUCCAUCAAGAAGGCCAUCCCUCUUGACUCACAGUCGCCUAUCUUCGCCGUUAAGCUUAUCCACAAGGGCUACGCCGUGAAACAUGGUCGCAUCUCCGCCAAGCAGCUGGCCAUGGAGGUUUCGCUUCACUCGCACAUCGGCCAGCACCCAAACAUCAUCGAGUGGUUUGCCUCCGGUGAGGACACUAUCUGGCGUUGGAUCGCUAUGGAGUUCGCUGAAGGUGGUGAUCUCUUCGACAAGAUCGAGGCCGAUGUUGGUGUUCGUCAGGACAUUGCCCAGGUCUACUUCGUCCAGCUCGUCAGUGGUGUCAGCUUUAUGCACUCCAAGGGAGUUGCCCACCGUGAUCUCAAGCCAGAGAAUAUCCUCCUCUCCCAGGAUGGCUCCCUCAAGCUUGCUGACUUUGGGAUGGCCACCAUGUUCGAGUACAAGGGCCAGCGCAAGUUGAGCUCGACACUCUGCGGUAGUCCCCCUUAUAUCGCCCCUGAGAUUCUCGCCUGCGGCCGCGCCGAUAGGAAGUCUCCCAGCACCUCAAAGUACUCCCCUGACCUGGUCGAUGUCUGGUCUUGCGGUGUUAUCCUCUUCGUCCUGCUAGUCGGCAACACGCCCUGGGACGAGCCAUCCAAGAGCAGCUGGGAGUUCCAGGAGUAUGUACGCAACUCUGGUCGCAGUUCUGAUGCGUUAUGGCAAAGAAUACCGGCAGAGGCUCUUUCUUUACUCCGCGGCAUGAUGUCCAUCGAUCCCCAAAAGCGCUUCAACUUCGCCCAGAUCCGCCAGCAUCCCUGGUACACUCGUCACAACGCCCUCCUCUCCGCCGAUGGCCGAGUCACCGAUCCAAUCAACCUUGCCACCCAGAUGCUCGAGAAUCUUCGCAUCGACUUCAGCCAAAAGCCCAGGGCCUCCCAACCGACCUCAAGCGACAGCAUGGACGUCGAUACCGGCCUCAACGCAGGCCGCUUCUCCUCCACCCAACCCGAGGUUCCCAUCGCCGACCAUGACUGGGACUGGGAACGUCCGGCGCUCCGUUCCAUGGCCGCCCCGGCGUCUUCUCUACCAUCUCGCGCUCAGGAUGCACGCCGCAUGAUGCUGGAUUCCCUUGCCGACGAACCGUCCAUGUCCCAGUUCUCUCACACCCCUGGUCCCUCCAUGUCCCUCACCCAGCAAGCACGACGCUUCCGCGACAUUUGUCCGCCGGAGGCCCUGACUCGCUUCUUCUCCGCUGUACCGCCCGCACACAUCAUCCAGAUGCUUAGCGACGCCCUCCACCAGCUCAACGUCCCUCUCGCUCCUGUUUCUCCUAACCUCUACAGUAACCCAAUCGCCACCAUCAAGGUCAAAGCCCUUGACGGCCGCCAGCAGAGCCUGCACGGCGAGAUUCAAGUCGACAAGCAGCCGCUGCCAGACGGUACCGAGGUGCUUGAUGUGCGUUUCGUCAAGAUCAAGGGUGACCCGCUAGAGUGGCGCCGCUUCUUCAAGAAGGUGGUAGUCUUGUGCAAGGAUGGAGUGUAUGUCCCAGAUGCCUAG